AUGUCUCAAGUCACUUUGACGCUUUUGGUCGCUUUGUUCUUGAUUGGCUUUGUGGUUGAGGAAGCCGCCGCCCAGUACUACUACGGCUGGCCUGCUUAUGGGUAUGGUUAUGGCUACCCCUACUAUGGCUACUAUGGUUACUACGGCAAACGUGAGGCUGGAUUUGGAGCUGAAGAGAAGGCUACGGGGCCUCGACCAUCGUUUCAGUAG